AUGGAGAGCAAGGUUUCGGUCAUUAUAGAUGAGCUAGAGUCUUCCGAAUUGCUGAGGGUUUCCAAGGGGUUGUACUUACUAGAGACGCUUUUGUUGGGGUUAGUGCAAGAAUUGAAAAAUUACAAUGAUGGUGGUACUGAUUCCUCAAAUCUUCAGGAGUUUAUCAAACUGCAGGACAACUUUGGCUUCAAUCUCACGUCAUACCUUGCCAAACUAAUCAAACGAGACUUGCCCAAGAAUGAGAUUUUGCUAUUGCAUAGGGAUUUGCAAGGGUUGUUAUUACUACAUCCACCGUCAAAGACUGUAUUCAAACGUGAAGCAAACAUGCUGCCGAUUUUGAAUUUGUUGGAUAGAAGAGAUGAUAAGAUCAUUACUAUUACUACGAUAACGACGUUGAUACAUAUAUUAUUAAAGAACUAUGACAACUACCGAAGCUUUGAGAACAGUAAUGGGUGUCCGAAAUUGAUUCAACAUCUAAGCCUAGCGUCUGUUCUUAACAUAGAUGAAAGUGGUGAAAUACAACCCCGGUCUAGUGAAGCAAGCAAGAAAAAAGGACGGUCAUCUCUCGAGCAACAAUUGAACUUUAAAAUUAUCGAGUUUUUGAUGCUUUACAUGAGUGAAGAGGUGGGCAAUCCUCACCCACAUACAAUUGAAAUGAAAGCUGAUUUAUUUAGAGACGCGUUUCCAUUAAUUGAUCUAUUGAUUGAGAGCUUGAGUGAAUUGGAUAAAUUAUAG